GAGAGUGUGCGCGCAGCGUGCUGAGGUCUGACCCCGAGGCAGCGGAGGCCGGAUUUGUCCCCGCUCCAGCCUUCCUCGGCUCUCUCUUCCCGCCCCCCUGCCCGCCGUGGGGCUGCCCUCCCGCGGUGGCAGCCGGGUAGGAGGGAGCUGCGGUGCGGCCCGUCAGAGGUGUUUCUGAGUAGGCUUUUCUGCCUGGGAUAGUGGCUCUCUGCCACUGGGAUCCUCAGUUGCGCGAGCUCCAAAGCUAUUUGAAUAACAAAAUGAGAUCUGCAAAGCUGCACUAUUGGAUUCUGGGUUGGUUUUUCAUGGCACUAUGUUGUUGGUGUACUUCAGAUACAUUUACUCAAAGUGACAUCCACCCUCAUGCCUGGAAAAAGCUGUAUUUUGCUCAUCAUUGGCCAGUGACUGUAUGUAAGAAGAAUGCUAAUGAUUGUCAUGACCCACCAAAGUACUGGACAAUACAUGGAUUGUGGCCUGACCGAGCUGAAGACUGUAACAGGACAUGGCAUUUCAAUGUUACCGAGAUCAAGGAUCUUAUGUCAGACAUGAGACACUACUGGCCUGAUGUUCUUCAUUCAUCUCUGAAUCGCACCCAGUUCUGGAAACAUGAGUGGGACAAACAUGGUACUUGUGCAGCCACUCUUGAGGUCCUUAAUUCUCAGAAAAAAUACUUUGGUAAAACCAUAGAACUCUACCAGCAUGUUGAUCUCAAUGGUUGUCUCUUGAAAGCUGGGAUAAAGCCGAGCAGUUCAUAUUACAAGAUGACUGCUAUAAAGGAAGCUCUUAAAAGGUUUUAUGGUGUAACACCAAAGAUCCAAUGCUGUCCUCCAGAAGAGGGUGAAAAAGCACAAACAAUUGGCCAGAUUGAAUUCUGCUUCACCAAAGAAUUGCAACUGGUAAACUGCACGGUGCUGGAGGGUGGAUCCAACCCAACGCAGGCUCACUUGAAGCUUGGAACUUCAGAGCUGUCGGUCUGCAAUGAUACUCUCCCAACCUAUUAUCCUUCAGAGGUCCAAGAUCACAAAUGAAGCCGUAAGAGUUUGAAAAGCUUUUUCAACAGCAACAAAACCCAAACUCAUGUAAUAUUACAAGCCCCUGUCCAUAUCACAGGCCUACAGUGAAGAUUUCUGCUGGAAAACACAGUUCUUUUAGUUCUUUUUCUAUUAAAGGAGAGUGGCCCACAUGAUGGGAUCAGCAUUUUAUCUACUGCGUGGUCUGGAUUUUUUGGCUUGCUUAUGGUUUGAAUCAAUGUUCAGAAGAGAACUGUGACUUCUCAGUUUGACAUGCAGUUGUCUGCCACUUCAGCUGCUUUUUGGUUUUUACCAGUGAGUCAGGGAACUUAAUUCUUUGUAUUGAAAGGAUGAUUAUCUCUCUGAGAUGAGGUGACAAGUUUUGAGAGGGAAAUACUGUAAACAGAAAGAACUCUUGAGACCUAUCUGGAGGUCCAUUUCCAGAUAUAUUAUCCACUGCCUUGCAUAAUUGCUCUCCAGAAGUGCAGAACAGAGACCAUAUCCUCUGAAGUGUUGAACCUUUCCUCACUGAGGGAUCACAGUGGAACAAAGACAACUUUUGCAUAACUUCUUAGUGAAGUAAUAACAUUCUCCAAAUUUGGGCUUUUCUACCUUAAAGAUCUCAAGGAAACUAUAUUUGUAUCUUACCUGAUCUUUGGUUAUUUUCAUGACAGUAGCUCUAUAUUCUUGCGGAACAACCAAUGCUAGAACAUUUAUGUUAGUACAGGAGAAUGUUAGGCCCUAGCAAUAUGUUGUUACUAAUUUUUAGUUGUGUUUGAGCAUUCAGCAUUACUACUUGUGAAUGCCUACACUUGUAUAUAAAAACAAGAUUGUCACAUAAUCAGUUUGUUCCAAGAAACAUCUUUUUAUAGAUGAAACAAUAAAUACUAAUAAUUUUCAGUAAAAAAGUACAGAUGUUGGCAAUAGUGCAUCUCUACCCCAUAAUGAUGAGUAACAUGCCACAAAGGUGGAUGUUUCUAAAGGGAACCCAAUUUUGAUAAUUGUCUUUCCCAAAGUGCUGUAUUGAUCUGUGUGUCUCAAAGACAAUUAUGGCUCAAGGAACCAUCUGCUUGUUAGAAUAAUAUUACUGUGAAAACUUGACAUGCAGUAUUAGAAUAAUAUUUGUUAUUUUGAGGGGGUCAGAAACCAUUUACUCUCAUUUUUGACUGUAUUUCUCUAUCACCUUUCAUUUAAUGCUCUGUUACCUUUCCAUUCCAGAAUGCUGUCAGUUUCUUUGGCCUUUCUUGAAACUCAGAUUACAGCCAAAAAAUUAUUAUGGUCUGUCAAACAACUGAUUGUUGCGUUUGCCUGUUUAUUCUGCAGUUGCUUUAAUCCCUCAGUUCUGUUUCUCAGUCAAAGGUAAAGCUUUGACUCUUGCCAAAAGGUGUCAGCAGAGAUGCACAUGAGUCACAAAUGACCAAACUCUGCAGCAGAGUAGGUGGUAUGGAUUUCAUGCAUUUUUCAGCCUCAUUUUCAAAUGCAAGAAAUGUGAAGGAGCUGGUAAGUCUUAAAACUUUGAGGAGAAAAGAACAUAAUCCAAAAUGAGUGAGGGAGACAACAUGCCAGCAACUGAGUAAAAAUUGACUGAGAAAAAGUAAAGCUUGGCUAAAACAACCUCACAUACUCUGAAGUCCCAUUUAAAGGGGCAUACCUGAAGUAUGGUGUUUGCCUUAAAAAACCAUACCCACAUACUUUUUAUUACAGAUUAAAUAAUAAAUGUUUUACAGUGAACUUCUGAGUAGUAGCAAUAAAACACUAUGUAUAUGGUUACUUGUGUUGGGCUUUGGCAAACCCAUCUGCUUAACUUCUGGGAAGAUACAAAUAUCUUUUUAAAGCUACCUGCUGAUUUUUAUACAGAGAUGUGCCAAGACAUUAUGAAGUUUUAAGUGAUAUAUUUAAGGGAUGCUUUAAGGUCUGUAUCUGGGCAUCCAGGAGAGCAGAUGCAUAAAUGUUCUCACCACUUCAGACCAAAGACCAUGUCCAGCCCUUCGUGUUCUUUCUAGCAAUGGCUCACAGCCAGUUGUGGGCCUUGUCAGUUUCUUUCCAUCAGAAUGUGUACAAUUUCAAGAGUUGGAUUAAGGCAAUUUAAAUAAAAGAAGUAAACAAAGGUAUAUUGGGAGCCAUAAAACUCACUUCAGUUCUGAAAAGCAUCACUCACUUCCUUGUGCAGUAUAAAUUCUGUCAACCUUGAAAAUUCAGAACAGCCUAGGGAUGAGGGGUCCUGUAUUCUUUUCUGCAUCAUUGAAUAAAUCAACUAAAUUCCAGC